AUGUCCACUCAAGCACUACCCCCAAUUUUUCUUCUGUUGUUCAUCUGCUUAUUAAAGGAAAGUUCCUGCAUUUGUGAUGGAACUACCUGGACCAAGGUUGGAUGGGAGAUAUUUCCUGAAGAAAUUCCUUAUCUGAAAGUCAAGCCUUCUCCACCUCAAUGUCUACCUUACCCUAUGAACAAACUAUGCUGCCAUUUUGUUAAUAUGGAUAUAUUUUCGAGUUUUUUACUUCUCGUGUAUAUUUUAGGACAAGCUGUCUUUUUAAUUCUGCUUGCUUUAUCUGUGCAUUACCUGUGGGUGAAGUGGAAGAAACACAAGAAAAGACUGAAGAAACAAGCCUCUUUAGAUACAGUUGAUAAUGAACUAGAAAGCCAGUCCAUCAAUGACAUAGACCAACUACUCUACAAACUGUUGGCCACGACAUCAAUGAUGACUGAGUACCUGAACCAGAGGACCCACCGUCCUACAUCUAAGAAACACAAACACGGAAAAGUAAGGAGCAAGAGCAGAGGAGGAGCCCGAGGACAUCAUAAACAGAGUGUAGUUCAGUCCAAUAUGGAGACCACACAAGAAGUCUAUUGAGAUAACUCAUAUAAGGUUCAAAAUUGUUCUCUGUGAGCCUUUCUAAUUUCUUUGCCACAUUCUUUACUGAAGUCCAGGUUGAAAAGUUAUUUCUAUUCAGCUAAAAAGACAUCUGCACUUGCUAAAGUACUGGGGGAAAGGCUGUUCACUGUCACUACUUCAGAUGUAAGUAUUUCGUUCUUUUUAAUGUAUUACAUUACUGAUCAUUAACCUAUCCGUAGAGGAGAAUUUUUAGUGUUUUAAUAAAUCUCUGAUUUAUUUGUGACUUUUCUUACUUUCCUGAGCAAAUCAAGAAGACUUAAUUUCCCUUCUCAGAUGCCCUUUGCUAGAAUAGUAUGGAAGUAUUAAGGAAUAGAUUAAUUUUUAAAAUAU